AUGGGGGAGGACGCGAUGCGGGCAGCAGCGCUGGCGGAAAUCCAAUCCGUCUGGGGAGCGGGCGGUCUGCCUCAGACCCUUCCCAUGGCCUCGAACUCGAUGCUUCCCAUGGACACGGCGUCGGCGACGGAGGGACGUCGCCCCCGAGCCGAAGAGCAGGACGACCGGAGACCGAAGUGGCCCAAGCCGACUCAGAAGGGACAGGUCGGCAAGGGCAACACGGGGUGGAAGAGUUGGCCUCGGGACUGGGACCGGGGGAACCGGGACUGGGAGGAGGAGAACGACUCAGCGGGGUCGGCGCUGGACCACUCCACAGUGGCACUCAUGCGGGCCAUGACCAAAAUGGCCAUCCGCCACGAGGACGAGCUCUCUCGCCUGAGGGCCGACUGCAACUUCAUGAUGUUCGUGGAUGUGGACGGGGAACACACGGUGCUACCGACCUUGAAACAGUCCGCGGCCACCUGGCAGGAGCAGUUCACCAAUGGCCAGGUGACGACCUCCCUGCGAGUGGUGAUGUUCGUAGGCAUGAUGCAACAAUUGCGGGCCAAGCUAUCGGAUCUACUCCAAGACCAGGAGAUGAUGCAGCGCCUCAUGACGGUUGGAUGGCUGCAGCAGGGUGCGACCGCCCUGACACCGGUGUGGCCCUACUACAAGUGGGAUGCAGCCGCCCAGGCACAGGUGGUGUCGGAGCAGCAGCCCCUGCCGCACGAGCGAGUGCUGCAGUGUGUGGACGUGCUCAUCCAGACGGCCUGCAAUCCGCAGGUACUACUCCGCUUCCGAGCGGCGAAGGAGAUGGAGGAUCCGGACGGCGAGGUCGUUCCAUUCAUGAUCGCGGUUUCGCUGCGGGGUCAACCGGCACUGGAUUGCCACACUGCCCUGACAGAGCGCCUUCGGCCAGAGCGCCUCCGCAAAGGUCCGAUGGCAACCGCGUUGGAGGAAGCCUACCUGGCAGUCCCGGACGCCAUCUUCUCCCUGCGGCACAGGCCUGUCGGUCGCGUCCAGCUUCAGCUUGUGUUGUCCACUAACAUACAGUAUCCUGCCGCAAGACUGCGCAAUCCUAGUGCGGUCUGCUACGUCAACUCAUGUGCGCAGGCUCUCCACUGGUUUGGUGUGCUCACAGAUGCCCCCAGCGGGUGUCAUGGGUCGGCGCAGGCGGCCAUGCGAUUGCUGAAUCGAGAAGGGCUUGUUUUCCUUCCGGGGAGCUUGCAGUGGCUCCUGCUCAUUAGGGGUUGGAGACGCCUCACACAACAGCAUGACGCCGCUGAAUUCAUGACACAUCUUCUCCUUUGCUGUGCCCCAGAGGGGUUCGUGGGUUGCUGGCAGUCGCGCCUCACCAAUCCGUUGCAGGUGGCUGAUGCGGGUAGCCUCGCUGUUCCGAUACCCAUGGACCUCGCAGGCGACAACAUACAGGAUGUAGUGGACCGUUGGUCCGGGCAAGCCGCAGUACAUGCCAUUGCUGAUCACUCUGGGGUUCUGCUAAUCCAGCUCAUGCGUUAUGCAGUUGGUGAUGCACAGCCUGCAAAGGAUAGCCGUCAUGUGCACAUUGCGCCAGGUCAGAGCGUUGCUCUGCCGAUCUUUCAGGACUCUGAGGGGACCACCGUUGUGUGCCAGACGUUCGUGAUUGCAUUUGUUGUAUAUCACCAUGGAAACACUGUCCACAGUGGGCAUUACCAGACAGCACUGUGUGUCCCACAUUUGGAGGGGUCAGGCACGCAAUGGAAGUUUAUCAUCUGCAAUGACAAUGUGCACCCACGGGAGGUCAAUGCAGGUGACAUUCAGGAUAUAGCUCGCAAUGCCUACUUAGUUGGGUUACUUCGGACUCUGUAG